GACUUCCCUGUCCCACCCACAAACCCUAGAAUAAGCUUCCUCUAACUUCAGCUCAGCGCCGACUUCCUCUCAUCUCUUCGCCGGAACGAACCCUAUAUAUAGAUAACGACCCCAGCAAUGGCAGUAGCAUUCCAUGACCUCAGCUCUGAUGCUGGCUUGAAGAAGCUUGACGACUACCUGCUUACUCGCAGUUACAUCACUGGGUACCAAGCAUCAAAGGAUGAUAUAGUUGUUUUUGAGGCUCUUUCGAAGGCUCCAUCUUCCACGUAUUUGAAUGUAUCUCGUUGGUACGAUCACAUUGAUGCACUGUUGAGAAUCUCAGGUGUUUCUGCUGAUGGUUGUGGCGUCAUUGUUGAGGGUUCUGCUCCCAUCACAGGAGAUGCAGUUGCAACUCCUCCAGUUGGGGACUCAAAGGCUGCUGCUGCCGAAGAUGAUGAUGACGACAUGGAUCUUUUUGGUGAAGAGACUGAAGAGGAAAAGAAGGCAGCCGAAGACCGGGCAGCUGCUGUCAAGGCAUCUGCCAAGAAGAAAGAAAGUGGGAAGUCAUCAGUUCUUAUGGACAUUAAGCCAUGGGACGAUGAAACUGACAUGAAAAAGCUUGAGGAAGCAGUAAGAGGAGUUCAGAUGGAAGGUCUGCUUUGGGGAGCAUCCAAACUUGCCCCUGUUGGUUACGGUAUCAAGAAAUUGCAGAUAAUGCUAACCAUCGUGGAUGACUUGGUCUCAGUUGACAAUCUUAUCGAGGAACAUUUGACAGUGGAGCCGAUAAAUGAAUAUGUCCAGAGUUGUGAUAUUGUUGCGUUCAACAAGAUAUAAGAAGUCUUUCCGGGAGAGUUUGUGCGAAGUGGGUAUUGCUUGGAGAUCGGAUUAUUAUAUGUUUUUUUUUUUUAAUAUUUAUUCUAAAAAUUAUCUAGAAUUUUUCUUUUCGAGUUUGAAGUCAAAUGGGUGUUGUUUAAUUAUGGUGGCUGGUUUUGUUGGGGUUUAAAUUGUCAGCCAUAUUUAUAAUGAAGAAUCUUAUUAGAUGAUAUAAUAAAUUGGUGUAAGGUGUUUGUGUGUUUUUUA